AUGUUUGGGCGUUUGUUUUUCUUCUUUCUUAUUUAUACUCUUCAUAAUAUUAUUGCUGAUGAUAUUCGUUAUCCAGCUAUAUUCAUUCCGGGUGAUGGUGGUUCACAAAUUUGGGCACGAUUAAAUCGUACACUUCCUCCACCCCAUUGGUUUUGUUCUCGUCAUUCAGAUUGGUUUGAAUUAUGGCUUGAUGUUCGAUUACUUUCUCCUGAAGUUAUCGAUUGUUUGGUUGAUAAUAUGCGAUUACUAUAUAAUGAAACAACAAAAAAAACAUCAAAUUUAGAAGGUGUAGAUAUACAAAUACCAGGUUUUGGAAACACAUCGACUGUUGAAUAUUUUGAUGCAUCUGGUUUUUCUUAUUCAGCAUAUUUUGCACAAAUUAUCAAAAGUCUUGUUACACUUGGUUAUACACGAGGUGUAAAUUUACGUGGAGCUCCUUAUGAUUUUCGUCGUGGUAUUGAUGAACAAGAUGAAUUUUUCGAUAAUUUUACUAAAUUAGUUACAGAUACGUAUGAAUUAAAUAAUCAAACACCAGUUGUAAUUGUAACACAUAGUAUGGGAGGUCCAUUUGCUUUGUAUUGGCUUCAUAAACAAACGGCUGCUUUUAAAGCAAAAUAUAUUCGUUCAAUGGUUAAUAUUGCUGCACCAUGGGGUGGUGCCAUAAAAGCACUUCGAUUAAUGAUUAGUGGAGAUAAUAUUGAUGUAUACGUUGUUUCUCCUUAUCGUGUUCGACCUUAUCAACGUUCCGCUCCAUCAACUGCAUUUGUUAUGCCCAAUAUAAACUUUUGGGACAAAGAUGAAGUUGUUGUUGUAUCAGGACAACGUAAUUAUACAGUAAAUGAUUAUGAAGCAUUAUUUAAUGAUAUACAAUUUCCAACUGGUUAUCAGUAUUGGUUAAAUAAUAAAGAUUUAGUUGAUGAAUCACGAGCACCUGAAGUUGAAUUACAUGAAUUAUAUGGUAGUCAAAUGCCAACACCCGGUGUACUUUUAUAUGAUAAUCGUACAUUUCCUGAUUUACAACCUGUUGUUUUACCCGAUAAUGGUGAUGGAACAGUUAAUAUAAGAAGUUUACUUGGAUUUAAAAAAUGGGAAAGUAAACAAAAACAAGAUAUACAUAGUUUAGAAAUACCUGGUGUCGAACAUCUAGCUAUUUUAAGACAUCCAACAACAAUCAAUUAUAUUGCUCAAGUACUCACCGGUCAAUUUGAUAAGAAAUAG